GCAUAACAGAGUAUUCACUUAUAAGAGAUACAGUACGGUUACACAGAUGUGUGUGCUGCAUAUUGCAUCUUUUACCCUGUGAUAGUUGUAGGGUAAAAUAGGUAUACAUGCCAGUCAGAUAUACAAAGAUAACAAGGAUUUGCCUAAAAUUUGACUGUCUGAUUAACAACAAACUAAGUCCAAGGGCUUGGCCGCUCCCAUCUUCCCUUAAGGAAACGUAUAGUUGCAUAAUAACAUCUCACUUUGUAGAGAUGGAGCCUGCAGAAUGUGCUGACUGUGGGAUUGUUUACCUUGACUGUCUCAAUCGGGUUAUUUGAUUCCAACAGAGAAGAACGUGUUUAUAUCCAAAGGCAUGCAUUUCCUACUUUGUACAACAACAUUAUAAACUGCUCUGCUCUUUCUCAUCAAGAAACAACAAAAGAAAACAGAUUCUAACAUUUUCAUGAAAUGCCAGUGUUUAUUAAAAAGGGGAAAAUCCGCACUACGCCUGCCACACCUUAGAAUCUGCAUGGUUUGUGGUCUUGCAGCGCCAUCUCGUGGACAGAGAGAGAAGUUUGUCUGGCUCUUACAAAUGUUUAUCAUGGUUAAUAAAGCAUAGGUGCGUCACCUGGAGCAGCAGAACAAGGCUCUGGAGACCAGACUGAAGAUCAUGUUGGAGAAGGGCAACUACAAGUCCAACAUCGACCAAGUCGUGGCCACAUUUGCCAACAACCUGAUGAGCCAGAGAGACAGGCUACGCAAUGACAGGGACAAACUGGAGAAGGAGCUGGCUCGCACUCAGGCACUGGUGGAGGACAACAAAAACAAGUUUGAGGAUGAGAUCAACAGGCGCACUCAGUUAGAGAAUGAGUUUGUGCUCAGCAAGAAGGAUGUAGAUGAUGGCUACCUCCAGAAGGUGGAGCUGGAGAAUACUGUGGAGAGCCUGAUGGAUGAGCUGGAUUUCCUGAAACAGCUCUAUGAUGAGGAAAUCCGCGAGCUGAAGUCUCAGAUUAACAACACAGCGGUUACCGUGGAGAUGGACAACAACCGUGGUCUGGAUAUGAAGCAAAUCGUGGAGGAGGUGAAGGCCCAGUAUGAGGGGAUCGCAGCGCGAGGCCGAGACGAAGCUGAGCAGUGGUACAAAAACAAGGUGGAUAACAUGGCAGCCGAGGCUGGGAAGUACAACCAGGACUUGAAGGAAGUGAAGAACGAGAUUGCAGAAAUGAUUCGUCUCAUCCAGAGACUCAACUCUGAGACUGAGGGCUUGAAGAAUCAACGAGCCAAUCUUGAGAUGGCCAUUGGAGAGGCGGAGGAGCGGGGACAGCUUGCAGUGUCAGAUGCCAAGAACCGUGUGAGUGAGCUGGAGGCAGCCCUGAAGAGUGCCAAGCAAGCCAUGGCCAAGCAGGUGCGCGAAUACCAGGACCUCAUGAACCUCAAGCUGGCCUUGGACAUUGAGAUCGCCACCUACAGGAAGCUCCUAGAAGGGGAGGAGAGCAGACUGGGAACCCACCAGCGAGAAGGGCCCCGCCAGGACUCUCAACUCAGUGCUAUUGACCAGCUAGAUUUCUAAACCCCCUGUGUGCCCUGCUUACGUAGAUGGCCUGGUGCAGCCCCGAAGCCUGGACCUCUCCAGAGCAGCACCCCUCAGCUAUGUUCAUCAAAACCAUCGAGACCAGAAAUGGUCAGGUAACUUCGGAGUCCUCACACUUCUUUGAGGACUGAGGAUCCCGACGUGGGUUCACUCAUUUAUCUUUGAAUCAUAUGAGCGGGUUGCUUCAUUCAUUCGUUUCAGGGAAAAAAAAAAUCUUAGAUGGUGUGUUUUUUUUUUUUUUUUUUAAUUCAUUCUUUUUAAGACUAGCAUAGCACUUUCAUAUUCAUGGCAACUAUAGUCCUAUUUUAGUUUUGAGCUUAGUUAGCCAGUCCAUACAUAACGUGCUGUUUUUCGAAUUUCGUUAAUGAAAAAAUAAAAACUAAAAUAGCUCAAGGUGCUAUUCAGUUGAACUUACACGCUGUAUAAGACACUUGUAUAAUGCUCUCUGUAGACUAAUAAUGCAGAAAUAUGAUCGACACUGUAGAAACGGGAUAAACUUGAAUAAAUAAGUU